CUCAUGAUUGGUCUAUGUCAAACAAUAUAUUCGUAGGUUAAAAUAUCUAUAUUGUAAUGUAAGAUGGCUAAUUUUUGAGUUUCGUUUACGUCCUAAUUUUGUACAUUUCAAUACGUUAGUGAGCAAAUGUUGUGUAAACUCGGUGAUUUUAUAAACCGACAUUCCCGGUGGUGCUUCAUGAGAGUCACUAGAGAAUGUAUAAAGGCGCUAUAUCAUUAUCUAUCAUUAAUCGAAAUUGAUUGCAUACAUUUCAUCAAAGGUUUCAGUGCUUUUUUUCAAACUACUCUCGAUAGAGGAAGAUUAACAUUUUAAUCAUAUUUUGACACAAUGGUCGAAAAUGCUAAAUGUUGUGUCCUACAAUGGACUGAUCAUCCAAAAUAUAUUACAGAAAAAUUUAGUGGACUAUUGGCACGUCAAGCACUUGUUGAUGUAACACUCGUAUGUGAAGACCAGAAGCUACGUGUUCAUAAACUGAUUUUAGCAUCAAAUAGUAUAUAUUUCGAGGGAUUAUGUAAUAUUCAUGUAAAAUAAAAAAAGCCUUAUAUAUUGGAAUUUCCUUAUUUAUUUGCAAGUAUUUGAAGAAACCAUGUUUGUGGGAUAUAAUUUUUACAACUUAUGAAGAAGAUCUAUUGAAUAUAAAGGAGAUUCUACAACAAGAUUUGGGUCAAGAACCAGUUAUAUUUUUGAAAGACUUAAACUUUGAAAUUUUGAAGGCCAUGGUUGAAUUCAUGUAUUGUGGAGAAACAAGAAUUUCUUAUCAAUUAUUAUCACCUUUAUUAACUGCCACAAAAAAAUUUAAGGUUAAAGAAUUGACAACUGUGGUUGAUGCCAUGAUGAGUUCUAAUGUAGGAAGUUUUGAAAUCAAUGACGUGGACAAAGAAGUUACUGAAACAAAGAUUAUAAGCAAUACAUGUAAUAAUACAGAUUAUAUACAUGUAAAGUGUAAUGAACUUGUUAAGAACGAGUGCUUUGUACUUUGUAAUAAGAGUAAUAGUGAUGUGAAUACAAGUGAAAAUCAAUCUUCAGAAGGUAAUACAAUUAGUGAUUCUCCUGAACAAGAAUUAGAACAUAUAUUGUAUGAAGAGUCACAAGAUUUUGAAACUAAUCCAGAACAAACUAAUACAUUAUUUUCAGUAGGUAAUUCUACAAAAUUAAUGGGAAAUGAAAAUUUAAUUCUAUUAACAAAUGAUAAAAUGAAAGAAAUAUCAAAUGAGGAAAUAGAAUAUCCUGGAAAUAGAAUAAUAAAUAGUGAUACUUUGUGUACAAAUAACGAAUUAAAACCUAUAUUAUAUGAACAAUGCUGUGAUCUUUCAGAUAUUGAUGAAUGUGAAGAAAGUUCUAUGUCAUUAUCACAAUCUUGCCUUCAACAAAUUGAAAAAGACUUUGCACAAUAUAAAUUUGAAGGUGCUAAUGUUCCUAAUAAAGUAGGAAAAUGUAUUAAAGUUUACACUCAUAAAAGACGAAAAUCUAUAGAUGAAAUAAAAAAUAAAUUAACAGAUAUGAAUAACAUAAUUCAGAAUCCACCAUCUACUGAUUGUAUAGACUUAUUGGAUGAGCCGUCCACUACUGAUAUACCAGUUACACUUUUAACAUCACUAGAUAUGGAGAGUGCUGAAUAUAUUAUAAGUUUAAAUACUAAAAAUAUUCAAUCUAUAGUAGGAGCUACUUUAACAGAACAGCAUACAUUAAACAAAUGUAAAGAUUUAGAAGAAAUUAUUGAAUGUAAUGCACAACAAGAUAGUAUAAAUAAAACAGAAUUAAAUACUCAAGAUACUGAAAUUUCUAAUUGUUCAAAACCAAUAUUACGAAGAAGUUUACGAUUAAAUCAACAAGAAAUAGAAGAAACUAUAAAUAAUAAUGAAACUAUUAAAACUUCUACUGAAAAAAAAGAACAUUUUAAAAAAUCAAAUUUUUCAAAUAAAACGGAAUUAUGUAUUAAAAGAAAACGUAAAAUAAAGGAUGUAGAUCGUAAAGUUCCAGAACAAAUUAUUAACAAUGUAAUACAACCUAUUAAGAAAACAUUUAAUAAUUCUCGUAGAAAUACAAAAUUAAUUGUUAAAAAAAAUAAAUGUAUAAUAUCUAAUAAAGAAAAAGAUGAGCAAACAGUUAAAAUAACAAAUAAAUUAAAAUGUGGCAUAUCAGAAGCAACAAAUAUUGAUUCCAUUUUUACAUUACCUAAAUUAAAUACAAUAGAACAUAUAAAUCGUGCAUUAUGGGGCGAUAUGACAGAUUUUGCGGAAGAUUAUAAAAAUAGAAUAAAUUUGUUGGAAAAUUCAUCAAAUACAGAAAUUCCAUUUGCAGUUGGUUUAUUACCUUUACGUACUGCUUUAGAAAAAAUGCAAGCAACACCAGAUUAUCAACCUCGCAAAACUCGUUCAUCUGUAGCACCAAUAAGACAAGAAAUUAAUAAUCUUAAGAGAAAAAAUUGUACUCAUUUAGUUAAAGUUACAGAUUCAAAAAAACAAAAUAUGUGUAUUAAUGAUCCAAAAGAAAAUGCAAAAGCAGUUUGUCAUAUUCAAAUUAGAACAGCGCCAUCACAGUACGUACGAACUCGUAAAAAAUAUCUUUCGACAGAUAUAAAUUCAUUGGAGUCGCCAAUUAUAAUUAAUAAAAAUUAACAAGUAUUAAAAAAUUACAUAAUAAUUCAAUAUAAUAUUCUUGAAUAUGAAUGUCAAAGUAUAAAAGAGAACGCAUAAUUUUAUGCAUGUUAUUUUAUAUUUUAAAAAACAUAUUUUUAAUAUGGAACUUCUUGUAUAUAAAACUCAGAUAUAAAAAAUAGAUAUGCGAUAAACUAUUUAGGUACAUGUAGUUCCUUGAUUUCUAUAAGAAUUCAAGAUAUAUUUUUUUUAUUUUAUUUGAGCGUGUAUACACGCGUGUGCUUACUUGGCCAUAUUUUUUAAUUUAUAUUAAAUAUUUCUAUACGUGUAUUAAAUACUAUUAAAAAAA